CCGCAAGAGUUACACCGAUGAUGCGGCUCGAAGCGAGCAAAGAGACACUCCUUGCAGUCGCAGAGGAGUUCAAUAACGUAACGCAAUCGACCACAAAUAAGAAGGAAGACGAGGUGGACAAUAUUGAAGAUGACAGGCAAAAGCACACAACAAGAACUGAUCGGGUACAACAUGAUGAAGAAGACCACAAGGGAAAAAUACGAACAACUGAGGCACCAGCCACAUCGUUGAUGAGCAGCAUUCAGAGCGGUAUUUGCAGUGUAAACUUGGACCAGAUGGAGGUGGAAUUUGAUGAAGAACUGUUGCAAAAGAAGCUAGAUGAGAUGCUAAAGCGCGCGGCCGAAAUACGCGAUGCGGGAUCUUCCAG